AUGGCUUCCUCGCAUCGAUCAUCGGUGAUCAGUGGAUCAGUCGCAAAAACACACACAACGGCUUUAAAAUCUGCUAUUGAUGGAAAACUCAAACCAUUGGUUCUAUUGCUGUUGAAUCGAGAAAAAUACAGUAGACCUGUGUCUCUCGAGCAAUAUGAAGAAAUGCUCGAGAAUGAACUGAAAGACUUUCAAGUACAGAUAACUCAUCAGAUCGAUCAAUUGCAAGAAAAAGUUCGGAGCUGUAGACCGAAGACUAUGGCAGACCAUUAUCCUGACAAAACUAGGGAAGCAUACAAAAAAUUACUCAUAUUUGUGACCGCUAUGCUGGAUGAAAUGCGCGAAUUGAUUAAAACGCUUUUUGAUCGGCAUCGUCUUUUUGUUCAUCAGAUUUGGCAAGCACUGGAAGUAGGCAAGAAUUGUGAUGGACUGCGUCGGGAACUAGAAGCAGAUAUUGAACGUCAUUUAUCUCGAUGGGAGAGAUAUAUAAAUAUGAUUGAAGAAAAGAUAGAAAUACCUGGUGAUUUCUAA